AUGUGGAAAAACACGGCUCUUUCUAGUUCAAUAAAGUAUGUCUUGAUAUUGAAUGCGUCAAUACCGCACAACUCGAUUUUAGGCAGGUGCGACCAGUAUCAACAACCAACCCUGGAUUGUAGUACAAAGGCAAAGCCCGAUACUAUGGACAUUUCCGAAACCACAGAGGGCGAGUCCCCAAAAGUUGGCAAAAUGGCGAUGUUCCAGGAGUUAUUGGACAAAAUUGAUUCCGCAUCUGGGUCACGGCGCGCCGAGAGAAAACGGUCGGGGUCUGCCCAGCGUGCUGCAGUUGCGACGAAGGGGAUCAUACUCUUCAAUUCAUUUCGCCAUGCUGGUUUAAUUGGUAGAGUGAAUAGAACACCAGUAGUACACUUCGACCACCAUCGCGCCGCGGCCGCCUCUACCCCACUCUACCUGGGCUGUUCUACACUCAGUAGUGAAUACCUCUGA